GUAGCGAAAAAUAAUCCAUCCGGAACUUUCACCGUCAAGUUUAACAUUUAGUUUUACCCAAGAUGGCGGCGCCCUGUAGAGUUAUAGAAACGUGGAAAGAGCAUGUUCAGUGUUAUUACUGAUUGAAUUGAAUAGCAUGUAUAUAUAGUGGAAGUCAGUACAAAAAAAAACAAAAAAUGGAGGAUCAGGCUCAUUCUGUGAAAAAGCAUCGCCAGCCAAAAUCGGGGCCAAGUGCUGACAAAAAGAAAGCAAAAAACAAACAUGUUCAAGAACUUACAGCGCAACAGAGAAACCCCAAAGCUUUCUCUAUCCAGCAUGCUGUUAAAACAAGCAGACUAGUUCAGAGAUCACAGGACAUCAAAACCAAGAAAACACACAUCCCAUUGGUGGAUAGGACACCGAUAGAACCUCCGCCUAUCGUUGUGGGGAUUGUGGGCCCCCCUAAAGUGGGAAAGACAACUUUGCUGCAAUGUCUAGUUAAAAACUAUGCCAAACAGCGACUUAGCAAUGUUGAAGGACCUGUCACUGUUGUUGCUGGCAAAAACAGAAGACUGACACUCUUAGAGUGUAAGAAUGAUAUCAACACUAUGAUAGAUAUAGCCAAGGUGGCUGAUCUGGUUUUGUUGCUGGUUGAUGCAAGUUUUGGGUUUGAAAUGGAGACGUUUGAAUUCCUCAACAUCUGCCAAGUCCAUGGAUUCCCACGCAUCAUGGGCGUGCUCACUCACCUUGAUGCUUUCAAAGACAAUAAACGCAUGAGGAAGACGAAAAAACGCCUCAAACACAGGUUUUGGACAGAAGUAUAUCAGGGAGCCAAGCUGUUCUAUCUAUCAGGAAUGGUUAAUGAAGAGUACCAGAAGACUGAAGUACACAAUCUGUGUCGUUUUAUAUCUGUGAUGAAGUUCCGGCCUCUCCAGUGGAGAAUCACUCAUCCAUACAUCCUCGUUGACAGAACGGAGGAUAUUACCGAUCCAGAAACUGUUAGAAGGAAUGGAAAAUGUGACAGGAGCAUAUCUCUGUAUGGUUAUGUGAGGGGGACACACAUGAAGAAUCGUAGUAACGUCCACAUUCCUGGCUGUGGAGAUUUCGCCAUACAUGACAUGCAGACUUUAUCAGAUCCGUGUCCUACUCCAGACCAGGAAAAGAGGCGCUCCUUGAACCAGCGUGAGCGGAUCAUCUAUGCCCCAAUGUCUGGAGUAGGUGGAAUUGUGUAUGACAAGGAUGCUGUCUAUAUAGACCUGGGAGGAAGUCAUUCCCACAACAAACAGGACGAGACUGAAUCCCAGCCAGCUAAUGACCUUGUCUCAACAUUGAUGUCAACUUUCAACCCUUUGGACGAGAAGAUCAACACCAGUCAAAUGACAGUCUUUUCCAACACAGCACCAAUCUCAGAAGCUGACAUGCAUGAUGACGAGUUGUCUGCGGAGCAGGCUAUACAGGAGGGAGAACGGGUGAGGAGGAAAGGCCAUAUUUACAGACAGACCAGAUGUAAGUUACUCUUUGAUGAAGAAUCUUCUGAAGGACCCAAGAAAAAACGAGCAAAGAUGGAUCCAACAGAAAAACUUGUGUUUGAUGACAGUGAUGAUGAUGAGGAGGAUGAAUUUGAUGAUAGAAAUGUACUGUUGAAAUCAGGUUUUUCAUUAUCUGUGGAGAAAAUUGGUCAUACAGAAACAAGAAAUUCUGAUGAGGAGGGUGAUGAAGAUAGCGAGGAAAGUAGUGAAGAUGACUCAGAGGCAGAUGAAAUUGAUUUUUCAUCUAAAACUGAAGUCAGUCAAAGUAUGAUAGAUGAUAAAAAAAAGUUAAUGAAUGAUGAUGAUGAUGAUGAUAAUUCUGAAGAUGAAAUUGUUUUAUUUGCCAACAAAAAGACAUCAUCAAAUUCAUUCAGUCAAGAUGAAACUUUAGAGGAAGAUGCUAAUGAUGACGAUAGUUCCGAUGAUGAUGAGAGUGACAAUGACAGUGAUGCUGACUCUGAGGAGAAAAUGGACAUCAGUACAAUAGAUUCUGUGGAAUCAAAAAAGAAGAAAAUUGUGAAAAGCAAUUAUAGAGAUGUUGUCUCAAAAAUUAAGAGCAAAUCACAUGAACCUGAAAAUGUGUUAGAAUCAUCUGAAAGUAAUGACGAUGAAAGUGAAAUUGAAAGUGAUGAGGGUUUAGGUGAUGAAGCAGAGGAUAGAGAAAGUGAGGAUGAGGAUGGAAGUGAUGAAGAUUUGAAGGAAACAGAGGAGGGUGAAGAAGAAGAAGAGGAAAGAGACUCUGAAGAAGAAGAAGGACACUUAAAAUGGAAAAGUAACUUGGCAGAGUUAGCAGCCGAAUCUUUUAGAAAGAGACAGAGUGAGAGGAUCAAUUACAGGAAACUAAUAUAUGGACAAGAUGCAGGGAAAGAAGUAGAUGAAGAUGAGAACAAUGGUGAUGAAGAUGAUGAACUAGGAGGGCUGUUCAAGGUGCUAAAGAAAAAGCAGGAGAAGAAGACAGAUGAACGAUUGUCCAUCAAUAAAACAGACUGUUCACGUUUCUUUGUACAGAAUGUACAGGACUGGGACCUGGAGGAGGUAAGGGAGCUUAUCAAGGACUGCUUUGUGACAGGGAAGUGGGACAAGAGUGAGGAUGCUGCAGCUAGACUGGAACAGGAUGAUGAGUUAUAUGGAGACUUUGAAGAUCUGGAGACUGGAGAGGUACACAAAGAAGAUGACAUAGAGGCGAAAGAUGACCAGGAAGAUUCAGAUGCUGAAGAAAAUGAAGGUGAUGAAGAGAGGAAAAAGACAAAAGCAGAGAUGUCAGCACAUGAGAAACGGACAGCUAAGAAAAAAAAACUGAAGGAGGUGUUUGACAAGCAGUAUGACAUGAAAGACGACUCUGAGUUCUACGACUCUUGGAAACAAGAGAAUGAGCUGCAGGCUGAGCUUAAUCGUGCCGAGUUUGAAAACAUGGAUGACGAUGUUCGUGUGGGUUACGAAGGAUUCCGACCAGGGAUGUAUGUCCGUGUUGAAGUGAAUGACAUACCUUGUGAGUUUGUCACAAACUUUGAUGCGAGUUAUCCUGUAAUCCUCGGUGGUCUGCUCAACGUGGAAAGUAAUGUUGGCUAUCUCCAGACACGUGUGAAGAAACACAGGUGGCAUAAAAAGAUUCUGAAGACAAAGAACCCGUUGAUUGUUUCUCUCGGUUGGCGUAGAUUCCAGACAUUGCCUCUUUACGCAAUACAAGACCACAAUUACAGGAAUCGACUGCUGAAAUACACACCAGAACAUCUUCACUGUCACUCAGUUUUCUGGGGUCCCUUGACACCACAAGGUACAGGUUUCCUGGCUGUGGAAAGUGUGUCUGGUGUAAAGCCUGGGUUUCGAAUAGCUGCUACCGGAGUAGUCUUGGAGAUGGACAAAAAACUAGACAUUGUGAAGAAACUGAAGCUUACAGGCACACCACAGAAAAUUUUCAAGAAAACUGCAUUCAUACAGGGAAUGUUUAACAGUGCUCUGGAAGUUACCAAAUUUGAGGGUGCCAAAAUAAGGACUGUCAGUGGUAUAAGAGGCCAGGUGAAGAAAGCUGUCCGAACACCAGAGGGCGCCUUCAGAGCUACGUUUGAAGACAAGAUACUGCUUAGUGACAUUGUGUUCAUGAGGACGUGGUACCCGGUGGAUGUGCCACAGUUCUACAACCCCGUCACGUCACUGCUGCUUCCUCACGAACAGAAGGCAGCUUGGAUUGGCAUGAAAACUGUUGGCCAGCUACGAUGGGAAAGGGGGAUAAAUCUUACGCAAAAUAAGGACUCGUUGUACAAGCCUGUGGAGAGAAAGACAUACCAUCGGAAAUCUCUCACAAUUCCUCGGGACCUUCAAAAGAAUCUACCUUUCAAGGACAUACCAAAAUUACUGAAGGCCAAAAAAGACCCUAUCAAACGUGUUGUCGUUAUCAGGGAGCCAAAAGAGGCCAAGGUGGCUAAAUUGAUGAACAUGAUGAAAACCUUGCACGACCACAAAAAGAAGAUGGAGCGGGCAUCGAUGCGAGAGCGAGUAACAAAUCACAAGAAAAAGCAAGGAAUGAUAGACAUGAAGAAACAGCAGAAACAGAAAGAAACUAAAAGAGAAAUCUACAAAGCGCUCGGACAGAUAGAAAAAAAGAAAAAUAAAUUCAAAGAAUAAUUUACAGUUUCCAUGUUUGGACCAGACAUGAUCAACACAUCCUUACCGAUUGUACCUGGAUCCCCAGUACGGUUUAGUAAGACAUUAACGUACACUGAUGUACAACAUUACAGCAUGAUCAGCACAUCCUUACUGAUUGUACCAGGAUCCUCAGUACGGUUUAGUAAGACAUUAAUUUACACUGAUGUACAACAUUACAGCAUGAUGAAUUUCUUGUGGUAGCUCAUUAAAAUUGUAAUUAAAUGUAUAUAUGUAUU